AUGGGAGAUCCCAUAAAUGCCGACUCUUGGAUGGAUCAAUUAGAGCAAGUAUUUGGGAUGAUGGAGUGCACCGAUGACCAAAAACUACGGUUUGCUACCUUUCUACUUAAAGGUAGGGCUCGUCAUUGGUGGAGAUCGGACGUUAAGCAGAGUGAGUUUAUCAGACUAACACAAGGAAAUAUGUCAAUGGAGGAAUAUUUGAUUAAGUUUAUUAAGUUAUCCCGUUUUGCCCCACUUAUAGUCAGAAAUGAGAGAGCAAAAUGUAAGAGAUUUGAGGAGGGCCUUAGAGGUAGCAUCAGAACAAUAGUGGCCUCACACUGCUGCACAGAGUUUGGGAAAUUGACAGAGAUAGCUAUGAGAACUGAGAGUAAUUUGGGAGAGUUUGACAAGAGAGAGCCACAAAGAGCGAAACGUAGUAACCGUGAGUGGGUAGUUGACGGCCCUAGUAAUAGGAAUAAAAAAAGAGAGGGUAGUUUUUCUGGGACUUCUGGUAGUCCAGGACAAGAUCAGAGACAAGUCUGGGGUCAGUUGUCAGUGGGUAGUGAUAAUUGGAAUAGAAGGUUCCAAGAUAGUAGACAACUGAGUUUCGGUAGUAGUGGGGAUCAACGAGUACAGUGUAACGAGUGUGGGAGAUUUCAUUCUGGACAGUGUCGGGGAAGGUCCUCAGGUUGUUAUCAUUGUGGGCAAAGUGGCCAUCUCAAGAGGAAUUGUCCUAUUCUGACUCAAGGUGGUAGUGUCACUCAGAGACCGGUUUAG